GAGAGAGGAAGUCCCGCCCAACGCGCGCCCAGGCUUCCGCCUUUGUCCGGGCUGCGCGUGUCUGCCGCUGCCGCGGUCGCGUGCUGAAAAUGGCUGCAGGCGGAGACCCUGGCGGUCCUGAAAGCUACCGUUCUCCGUUGGCGUCCCGCUAUGCCAGCCACGAGAUGUGCUUCUUGUUCAGCGACAGGUACAAGUUCCAGACGUGGCGGCAGCUGUGGCUGUGGCUGGCGGAGGCUGAGCAGACCCUGGGUUUGCCUAUCACAGAUGACCAGAUCCAGGAGAUGAAGUCAAACCUGAGCAACAUUGACUUCCAGAUGGCAGCUGAGGAAGAGAAGCGCCUGCGGCACGACGUGAUGGCUCACGUGCACACAUUCGGCCACUGCUGUCCAAAAGCUGCCGGCAUCAUUCACCUCGGUGCCACCUCCUGUUACGUCGGAGACAAUACAGACCUCAUUAUUCUGAGAAAUGCAUUUGACCUGCUUUUGCCAAAGCUUGCUAGAGUGAUCUCGAGGCUUGCUGAUUUUGCUGAGGAACAUGCUGCUCUGCCCACCUUGGGUUUCACACAUUUUCAGCCUGCUCAGCUGACCACGGUUGGGAAACGCUGCUGCCUUUGGAUCCAAGAUCUCUGCGUGGACCUCCAGAACUUGAAGCGUGUCCGUGAUGAGCUCCGCUUUCGGGGAGUGAAGGGCACUACCGGCACCCAGGCCAGCUUCCUGCAGCUCUUCGAGGGGGACCACCAGAAGGUGGAGCAGCUGGAUAAGAUGGUGACAGAGAAGGCAGGGUUUAAGAGAGCUUUCAUCAUCACAGGACAGACCUAUACACGAAAAGUGGACAUUGAAGUGCUGUCUGUGCUGGCCAGCUUAGGGGCAUCAGUGCACAAGAUUUGCACUGACAUACGUCUCCUGGCGAACCUGAAGGAGAUGGAGGAGCCCUUUGAGAAGCAGCAGAUUGGCUCAAGUGCAAUGCCAUACAAGCGGAACCCCAUGCGCUCCGAACGCUGCUGCAGCCUGGCCCGUCACCUAAUGGCCCUUGUUAUGGACCCACUACAGACAGCUUCUGUGCAGUGGUUUGAGCGCACACUGGAUGACAGUGCCAACAGACGGCUCUGUUUGGCGGAAGCGUUUCUCACUGCAGAUACUGUGUUAAAUACCCUGCAGAACAUUUCUGAAGGACUGGUGGUGUACCCCAAAGUAAUUGAACGGCGCAUUCGGCAGGAGCUGCCUUUCAUGGCCACAGAGAACAUCAUCAUGGCAAUGGUCAAAGCUGGGGGCAGCCGACAGGACUGCCACGAGAAGAUCAGAGUGCUCUCCCAGCAGGCAGCUGCCGUGGUUAAGCAGGAAGGGGGCGACAAUGACCUCAUAGAGCGCAUUCGGGCAGAUGCCUACUUCAGCCCCAUCCACUUCCAAUUGGAGCAUCUGUUGGACCCCUCUUCUUUCACUGGCCGAGCACCCCAGCAGGUCCACAGAUUUCUAGAAGAGGAGGUGCAUCCCCUGCUGAAACCCUAUGGGAAUGUGAUGGAGGUGAAAGCAGAGCUAAGUCUGUAGAAGACAUGGAAAGAUCAUUGAGACUUUGCUAAUUGUAUUGUGGAGAAAUUUAAUUCUAAAGUGCCUCCUCCUCCUCAAGAAUGUACAUUGGGAGCAGGACAGUGGUGGCGCACGCCUUUAAUCCCUGCACUCAGGAAGCAGAAAUAGGUGGAUCUCUGAGUUCAAAGCCAGUUUGAUCUACAGAGCUAGUCAAAUGUCUGGUGUAGUGUCCUGAGUCCUGUGCGGGCACACUUAGUUACACACUGUUCUUCUGUAGUUCAUUUCAAGUUUUCAGUGGAUUGUAAAGGAGCAAGAAAUUCCUGGUCCCCGUGAAAAUGGGUUUAAAUCGAAAAAUCACCUGGAUCCAGUGGUUCAGAAUUAUCAGAUACCUCGAUUUCAGUUCUUUUUGCUGAACUUAAGUCAUGAAGUUUGUAGCUAAAGAGCAGGAACGAAUAGGUGCUGUUAGGUCCUUCAGCUCGGGUUGUGCCUACUUCAUUGUUUGGAGAGGCUGGCUUAUCAGGGAGAUGCUAAUGAAUAAAUGGAUUGUGUCAUGGCAUGUGCCAGUCUUUGAUCUUUGUUAAGAAGAUUGGUAGCUAUUUAGACAGGCUAGUCAAAGACUGAGGUCUGAGUUGCCCAGCUGGCAGGGGAACGUUAUGUGCAGCCUUGCUUCAGGCUGCAUGUUUUGGUGUAGAUGAAAACAAAGGGCUGGAAAGAUGCUCAGCUAGGAAAGGCCAGCCUGAUCUACACGGUUAGACAGUGAGGGUCAGGCCAGUCCAGGCUACACGGAGGAACCCUGCCUACAAAAAAAAAACGUGAAGAUUUUGUUUCAGAUUUUUAGUUGACAAAAACUAGGAGAAUUAACCAACUUGGUAAUAACAGAGAUUUCAUCUGGUAAGGUAAAUGUAAACCAAUCAACCUUAAAUUCUGUAAGAGCCAGAAUUAAGUUCUGAGAUGCAUUGUGGUAAUGGUGUCCAGAAAGGUCACCAGAUCCUACGCCACACUCAGUAUUCUGUUCAGGCUUAAAUAUGUCUACAGAGGAACAUCCAGCCUCUAGACCCCAAUGUCUCAUGAGGAACGCUGGAGUCUGAGAUUCAGUGUGUGUGGACAUCUCCAGGUUGGCCUUGAGUUUGUGAGUUUGUACCCCGGCCUCCAGGGCGUGGGGAUGGCAGGUGUGCUGUACACACGACCCCGGCUAUCAGCACUUUAGAUACUGUGUAGUAGAAGAAUGACAUCAUGGUCUGUUGUCCAACAAGAAAACCUGAGGUCAGUAUUCCUUGUCACCUAUGUGAGAGUGGCCCACAACCCACCUCCUGUCCAGGAAGGAACUGGAGGACAGCCUUGUUGUCAAGGGUGUUUGAGGGAGGGGAGUCUGGGCCAUUCCAGUUUGCUUGUAAGUAUCCAGAAUCUGCACUUGCUGCCUCGGCCUUGUUAUCCAGCACUUGGGAGACUGAGGCAGGAUGAUUGCCAUGGGGGCAAUUCCAGGCCAUAUGAUGUACGGAUUGAGACAGUGGUUUGUUUGUGGGUUUUUUUUUUUUUUUUUUUUUUUUUUGAGCCAGAAAUUGGUUGGGGGUGGUGGGGUGCACUGCACACCUUUAAUCCCAGCACUCAGGAGGCAGAGGCAGGUGGAUCUCUGUGAGUUUGAGGCCAGCCUGGUUUACAAGAGUUAGUUCCAGGACAGGCUCCAAAGCGACAGAGAAACCUGGUCUCAAAAAGCCAAAAAUAAAUAAAGAACCAGAAAUUGGUUGGGGUGGCUUGGUGGUCCUUAGUAUGCACAGGAUCCUGGACUUGGUCCCCCACAACAAAAGCCAGAAGUGAAGAGCUUCUGCUGGAAAGGAAAGGGGCAGCUGUCAAACCGACGUUUCCAUACAGCUCAAGAGCAACAAGCAUGAGCCACAGUUUUGUUCAGCUCGUCCAGGAAAAUGCAUUUGUUCGUGUGCGCUGGGUGUGGGCUGUGCAUGUGUGUGGAAGCCAGUGAUUGGCACUGGGUGUCUGUCUCUCCCCACCUGUGUCUGAGACAUCCUUAUCGAACCUAAUGCUUGUCCUCUCCCCUGAUUGACUCUAGCAAGUUCCCAGAGUCUGCCUGGGAACUCCCUGGCAUCACCGAGUACACACUGCUGUACCUGGCUUUUUUGUGAGGGCUCAGGGUCCAAAUUCAGGUCUUCAUGCUCGCACAGUGUGGGAGGGUCUGUAAACACCACGGCUAGCAGAGUGUCAGUCUGUGUGAGGCAAGAAGGAAAUCACUUCAACACGACUCAGUAGCCUGUGGUCCAGACUUCGAGUCUGACCCUGGGCCGUUUACCGUGGGCAUAUUUAAGUACAGCACAACUUAGAAGAGUUUCCUGGCAAUAACUUAGUCCCGUGUGCACGAUAAAGUUUAAAGCAUGGCUACAUCAAAACUUUUUAGGGUCCGGAGAGAAAACUCAGGUUAAGAGCGUUGGCUGCUUUUCCAGAAGUCCUGAGUUCCAGCAGCCACAUGGUGGCUCACAACCUUCAGUAAUGAGAUCUGGUGCCCUCUUCUGGCAUGUGGACAUACAUUCAGGCAGAAUUCUGUAUACAUAAUAAAUAGCAAAUCUUUAAGAAAAAAAAAACUUUGUAAAGUACUUAAUGGGCUUUUUCUGUAUGUUGACCACAUUUGACAUGUUAUGGUCUUGGGGGCAGUAUCUGGCAUGAUCUUUGUCAUACAAAUAGAGCAAAGGUCAACAGGCUGUGAACCACCUCUGGUCCUAUUUGUAAAGUUCAUGUGACUUCUGCCAUAUAUAUGGGUUCUCUGUAUUGACUGGAGAACAGUGCUCAAGAUAAGGGUCUGGGGAGGAUGCCUGAGAUACACGCAAGGGUCUGGGGGAGCCAGGUAUGGUCACAGUCUGUUAGCCAGACCAUUCCCAGUCUUCAGAGCAGAACACAGAUUAGACAUUUCUUUCAAAGAGAACCCUGUGUAUUUAACAUUUCUGGUUUUCCCAGUGCUUGUCUGUGAGCACAAGGACCUCUGUCUCCUACCACAUAGUAAGUGCUUUAGCUACUGGGCUGUCACCAUCUUUCCAUUGUACUUUUUGAGCUCACUGAUCAGGCUAGAGUGACUGUCUGCCCAACAAGCCCGAGGGUCCCCCCCCUCAUGUCUUCUCCCCAGCACUGGAUUACAGGGGCCCACCACCGUGCUUGUCUUUUC